CACCACGAGGCCACAGUAGUUAAUAAAUGAGCAAAAGUCCACUCGCCUCAGGUCUCUGCUCAUUGAUAUCCUCCUAACUUAAAUGGACAUACCAAACCAGCUCAGAUUCAAUAACGGGGAUUCUCGAGUCCUCAGUUAUCCUCCGCACUAGAUGCCAAUCCACUAUUCAGUGGUAUUGGUGGCACAAAAUCACCCAAAAUUUCGAUCUUUCGCAUUCAAGGUUUGGGCAUUCACUUAUCUUCUUUGGAGCUUCCCUUGUAUCAUAGACGUCGCAAUUUCCAGCCAGACCGUCGAGCAGACUUUGGAGCUAAACAAGAGUCCCUCCAACGAUGUUUCGGCCGGUAGGAGAGAUAUCUCAGAACCAAGACGAAAUAACACUAGAGACAAGUCAGAGACAACUCCCAAACACAGUCCUGGACGACGGGCCAGACCAGCUCAAACAAGACAACAAUAAAGAGAGGCAACUGCUUGAGAUCUUCUCCGAGUUGAAGCUCCCAUACGGCAUAUUAAAUCUCAUAUGGGCCGAUCCAUAUGAUUUUCUGUCUUACCGGGGUCUUUGGUACAACAAGAUUCCCACCUUGGAGAAGGCCGACAAUGACAUUUUGAUGCUCAUUAUAUGGUUAUCGAAGAGUCAUGCGACCAAUUCUUUUUUAAGAAAAUGGGUGAAUAGUGAGGAAGGGAGAUUGAUAUUCGACUGUGCAAUGUGUAGCAUUCAAUCUAUCCAAGAGAGAGAGCAGCUUGUACUGCUCGUGCUGAGUAUGCUGUGCUUUUCGAGAAUGCUCCCCUCCUCAGGCAUUGAAGUGCCUGCCUAUGAUUCCGAUCUCUUGCAGUUCGAUGCAGUUUUGCACAAGAGGGAGCUGAGCCUGCGUGUAUUGGAACGAAUGGUUCCUAUGAUCGAACGGGUACUUUCAUGUAAUGAUUAUGGAGGCACUCUGCGAGAUUUGAUUUGGGCUUCUGUUCAUCUGGAAGAUCUCGCUUCAGCAAAGGGCCCGCAGUUUUCUUAUGAUUACUGGUAUUCUAGGAUGUGCGAGAAGGAUCCGGGUCAUCUAACGGCCCUGGAGAAUGUGCAGAGCAGAAUGAAUAGAGACUAGACAAGAGGCAGCAUGUUGUGUGGUAUUUCACCCUGUGGCAUCGCUUAAAUGAAUUAGGC